CUCUACUUCAGAUCAUCCACAGAUGCCCAAAUCCUCUUUUCCCUUCAACUACCCUUUUUACCCCUCUAACCACCACCAGCGCCGCCGCCACCGUCGCCGCCGUCGCAGAUUUCUAUGUUUAACAAAGCCCCUUUUAUCUUAGCUUGUCUCUGCUCAGGACUGAUUCUUGGCGCCGGCUAAAAUUGAACUCGGAUAGGAUAGGAAAUGCUGGUUCCUGGAUCUCUAGGGUUUGACAUUGUUGUUUUGGUAUCUUUGCUCGGUGUCUUUUUGGUAAUCCGCCAUAAGUUGAGGAAUGCGGCGGCCAGGAAAGAGGAACUUACGAGGUUGCUCGAAAUGGUCUCGCAUGAAUCCGCCGUGGUGGAAGCUCAAGCCACCGCUGAGUACGGUUACUAUCCCAAGUACCAGUGUGCUGUUUGCUUUGCACCAACAACUACCCGCUGUUCUCGGUGCAAAUCUGUUCGUUACUGUUCUGGCCACUGUCAAAUAAUGCACUGGAGACAAGGCCACAGAGAUGAAUGUCACCCUCCUACUGAUUUUGCAGCAAAAAAGCAGUCUGGACUUCAAAAUGAUUCUGAGAUGGAAAGUAAAUUUAAUAUAUCUUCUGACUCCUCAUCAGUGGUAGAAGAUUGUGAUGGUGAUGGUAAUGUUAAGCCUCAUGCAGAUGCCAUAGCAACAGUUAGUGCUUUUGUACCAUCCAGUUCCUCGUCAUUAGCCAGUUUGAGCCCAGCUGGUGCCAGUAGUGAAUCACCUCUUGAUGUUUCUUCCAGCAGUACUCUUCUGUCUGGCCAUAAUGACAAGUUAGGCAGACAUCAUUGUGAUGAUAUUGCCAUUGGUAUACCUAAAAGCAAGACUUCUGCUAAGAACAUGAAAGAAGCUAUCUCACCUUCAUCAGAAUCUAAUAAUCUGAGCAAAUUAAACAAGAAGAAAUCCACUCAUGAAGAAGUUGAAUUGGGAAGGCAGUUUGCUAAGAAUAACAAUCUCAUGCCUGAUGGUGGCCAUCCUACAAAAGCUGUCUAUAACAAGUCAACCAGAGCUGUUUCUUCUGAAUCAUUAGUUACUGAUGCAUCCAAGAUUAGUAACUUAAGAUCCCUGGGCAUUUCAAGGACUAGAACUGUAACUGGUGAUAGAGAAGCUGUCUUACAACUUUGUGAAAGUAAACACUUCACAACUUACUCAUGUAGUACUUCUGGUCAUCUUUCAUCUUCUGCUCCUGGAUGGCACUCUCUUCAGAGUUCCCACUCUGGCUUGCCUGCAAAAAUUAAUGCUGCCCCCACCUUGCCACCGACUUCAAGUAAUGGCUUGAAAACAUCCUUGAGGAAGGUUGUACAGCAGUUCAAAGCCUCCAAACAGUCUAAAUCUCAUCUUUUUGGUUUUGGUAAUGAGGCUGAUAGAAAACAAAAUUACAAGAUAAUCUUUCCAUAUGAACUAUUCAUGGAACUAUACUCAUAUGACGCAGUGGAACUAUGCCCAUUUGGCCUUAAUAAUAUUGGGAACAGUUGUUAUGCUAAUGCUGUCCUUCAGUGUUUGGCUUUUACUCGGCCACUUACCUCAUACCUUGUCAAAGGACUGCACUCUAAAGCAUGUCGAAAAAAGGAGUGGUGCUUCAUCUGUGAGUUUGAAUGUUUGAUUUUAGAGGCAAAGGAAGGGGAGUCCCCUUUGUCCCCAAUCCGGAUAUUAUCCAAAAUACAAAAAAUUGGAAGUAAUCUUGGUCCCGGGAAGGAAGAAGAUGCCCAUGAAUUUUUGAGGUAUGCAGUUGAUGCAAUGCAGUCUGUCUGUCUCAAAGAAGCAAGGGCUGCAGGUCCACUGGCUGAAGAGACAAGUUUAAUUGGCCUGACUUUUGGAGGUUAUCUUCAUUCUAAGAUAAAGUGCAUGAAGUGCCUUGGUAAAUCUGAGAAGUAUGAGAGGAUGAUGGAUCUAACUGUUGAGAUUGAUGGAGACAUUGGAAGUUUGAAGGAGGCACUUGCACAGUUUACAGCUACAGAAAUUUUGGAUGGAGAGAACAAAUAUCAUUGCACUAGGUGCAUAUCUUAUGUAAAAGCGAGAAAGAAGCUGAUGGUAUUGGAGGCACCUAAUAUUCUUACCAUUGUUUUAAAGCGGUUCCAGUCUGGAAAUUUUGGGAAGUUAAAUAAGUCGGUUCAAUUUCCUGAGAUCCUUGAUUUGGCCCCAUAUAUGAGUGGAGAAAGUGAUAAGGUUGUCAUUUACAAUCUCUAUGGCGUGGUUGUUCACUUGGAUGUAAAUAAUGCUGCCUUCUCUGGUCAUUAUGUUUGUUACGUGAAGAGCUUCCGAGGGGAGUGGUUCAGGAUUGAUGACAGCAUGGUAAUACCAGUUUCAUUGGAGAGGGUCUUACUUGAAGGGGCAUACAUGCUCCUCUAUGCGAGGCACUCUCCAAUGGCCCCGGCUUUGGUAAGAAAAUUUCUUGAGUCUCAUGGUUCCAAGACUAGCUCUAAAUUUUCAAAGUCGGAUCCAUCUAUAGCUCAACGGAAACACAAGCAUCCUUACAUGCAAAGAAUUCCUUCCGCUGAUUCCUCGAGCGAGAGUUCUUCCAUUUUCAGCAGUUCUGAUGCAAGCUCAUGCAGCACAAGAAGCACCAAGGACUCUUCCAGGAGCGAAGACUUCUCAGAUUAUUUAUUCGGUGAAACGGGACCUGAAUGGUAUAGCCGAUAUGGGAUUUCAUCGGAUACAGCUGCCUCGUCCUCCUAUCAUGGUUUUGACACAGAUUUGGGGACGGAGAUGAAAAACCAUGAUUGGUGGCUGAAGGGGGAUGGGAACUCAUCAACAUUUUUGUACACCGACUCAAUUAGACAGCAUUGGAAUAGCAACGGUAGAGCCUCCGACUUCGAGCAAGGAAGCUGUUCUAACCCAUUUGAUGUAAGAUCAUCGGGUGUUGCAUAUAGGAGAGCAAGCAUAGACGGAGGACUCAAACGUUUUAUUGAGAUUUGAGUUGAGGUAUAAUAAGAUGUAACUUUUAAUUCUUAU